AUGGUGGAGGCUGGAUCGUCGUUCGCUGGCGGGCGCUACUAUAGGAGCAAAGCUCGCUGGAAAUUCGCCGGGAAACCUGCAAAGACUCGCGUGAUACCUGGAGGCUUACUGGCAUCAACGGGAAGCUCACCGAAACAUGUGCAAUCUUCAUUUUUGGGAAUUACAUAUAAGAUGGAGAGCUUGUCCUUGCCGUGCCCUCCCAGUUCUCUGUCAACCCUGACCCCCUCUCUAUCCCUCUCCCACGGUGACGUAGUCGCCAUCACCAUGGCCGCAAACUCCUUGAUUGAGGUCACCCAUAGCUGCCGCGACUUCGAUAGAGGCUCACACCGAGCCAGACCACAGCUCUUCUUGCCCCCCUCCUCCAUCCCUCGGUGCGCUCACGAUACAUUCAUCAGUUAUAAACAGGCUGACACGCGCAACUUUGUGAGCCAUCUCCACGAUGCCCUCAAGCGGAACAAGAUAAGGGCCUUUGUCGACCUCAAUCUGGAAAGAGGACUAGAGAUUGCACCAGCAAUCAACAAAGCGAUCAAGCAGUCGAGGAGCGCCAUCGUCGUCAUCUCUCAGACCUACGCCUCCUCGCCGUGGUGCCUGGAGGAGCUGGAUAAGAUCCUAGAGUGCAAGGAAACUAUAGGCCAGCUGGUGUUCCUCAUUUUUGUGGAUGUCGACCCCCGAGAGAUGCGCGAGCAAUCUGGACCAUUCAAGCGGAUUGGCCAAAGUGAGAAGUGUUUCAGGCAAGAGAAUGCCGACAAGGUCCAGAGGUGGAGAAACGCUCUCCGAAAAGCCGGCAAUCUCACCGGUUGGUCUCUCAGAAACAGACUUGAAGCUGAAUUCAUCCAAUCCGUUGUGGAGAAAAUAUCAAGAAGACUGAGCUGCUCACACUUAGACCUGCUUGCUUUCCAUCCAGUUGGGUUAGAUUCUCAAGUACAAGCCUUGUACUCUUUACUCCAAUUAGAGGUUGAGGAGGUCCGAAUCGUGGGGAUUUCCGGGAUUUGGGGAAUAGGAAGGAGUACACUUGUGAGAGCUUUGUACGACCGAAUUGCAGAUCAAUUUGAUUGGAGUUGCUUUCUCGCAAAUAUGAAGGAUAUAUCGAGCCAAGAGGGCCUCCUCAAAAUGCAGGAGACGCUUUUCGGUGACAUUCUUGGUGACGAUAUUCAUGAAGUAAUGAACUUGAUGAGGAGUAAGCUUCACAACAAGAGGGUUUUAUUGGUCUUUGAUGAUGUGGAAGGGUUAUCGGAGCCACUCAUCCACCUGAUAGAUGCAAUAAACUUAGGCUUGGGAAGUAGAGUCAUUUUGAUCCCUCGACACGGCGAAACCUUAACCGGUCUAUGCUGGGAAAUCUAUAAGUUUUUCUAA